AUGCCGCAGCCCGUUUACCAGGGAAGACAUCCGAGUCAACCGAGCUUUGAGAAACAUAGUAAAUGCAGCAAGAGAACAUCUGAAGGAACACCAAGCUUUAAGAGACAGGACAAUGUCUGCACCUAUCAAAAAAUGAUUUGUGUUAUUUGCAAGGAGGAACAGCGACACAGAGGACAUGUGUUCAAAACUCUGGAAGAUGCGUUCAAGGCCAAGAAGGAAAAGACCUCUGAAACUCUGAGAACUUUGUCCAGGGAAGAAGAGCAACUGGUUACUCUGUUUAAUAGCCAAGCUGAAGAGAUUUCCAAAACAAGGGAAAAAUCAAGCUUGCUGUCGAACCAGAUAUUUGUCCAGUUUGAGCAGCUGCACCAGUUUCUCAGAGACAAAGAGGCAGAGGUGAAAAAAAUGCUCACUGAUGAGGAAGAUGAAAUCUUGGCUGUAAUGGAGGUAAACGUAUUUACAAUAGAAGAAAUGCUGUCAGAUGUUAGAGAAAAGCGAGGAAUUCUAAUGUCGGCCCAGGAGACUAAUACAAAAGCUUGCGAGUUCUUACAGUGGUGGAACGAGGAUGGCCUAUCUGUAAUCAGGAACACAAACACACCCGAUACACUGGAGGCGUCCCUGCAGGAUAUUAGUGUUAAACUUGACAGCCUGUUCCUUGGUCCCUAUGAAACUUACCUGCAGUUUUUUGUGUGGAAACAGAUGCUAAGAUCCAUUCAGACAGUGCCUCAUCGUGACACUGUGAUAAACGGAGGUGAUCAAAGAGUCUCGCCCAGUGGACUUUACAUCCAGCCCAAGAUACCAGGCAAAAUAAUCAAACACCAGAUAAACCCAAGCUGGCUGAGAACUGACACAAGUUUUACCACAGGCCAGCAGUACUGGGAGGUGGACCUGACUGGGAAACUGGAAUGGGGGGUUGGGAUUUGUAGCUGUAAUUUAGGAAAGUUUAUCAAAGACACAGUGCUAUGCCUCAGUCCAGUCUCUGGCUACGACAUCCAACAAAGCCACGACGCAGAUAAAAGGACAGUGCAGAACGAACCAGGACUUAAAAAGGUAGGAGUGUACCUGAACUGUGAAAGAAAACAGGUCUCGUUUUAUAACGCUGACACCAUGACUCUCAUAGACAUCAGAGUCCUGUCACAACCAGGGCCCUAUGCACUGUGUCUGUCCCCUGGACUUUACCUUAAUGGAUUUAACAUGGAUCCUCUGAGAGUUUGUGUUUUUUAA